CUCGCCGAGCCGGCGGUGUGCUCGCGCGUCGCGUUCCUGGUCGCCUUCGCCGAGUCUUCCUCCUCGGGAGUUAUUCGCCGUGUGCCCGCGUUUCCGAAAUACCCCGCCGCAGUUGACAUCGGGCGUGGCGUUGGUUCGGUCCUCGGGGAGAGGGUCGUCCCCAUACCUCGGAUUUCUUCCCUAGGGAAGAGCUUACCGGUACCCGUGACUAAACGAUGACGACGGCGACGUCGACGUCGGUGUCGGAGGUGCCGCGAGUGCCGUGAACUCGGCGGUCGAUCCUCGGUCGAGAUCGAAGGGGGAUCGGCGAUCGACGGGGGUGAUCAUUGUGAUUGUUCGUGGUGGUUUUGGUGCACAGACCCCGAGGGAUUCCUGCGACUCAUCCGGCUAGGCCUCGUCCUCUUCGGGGGCAUCUUCAUGUUGGGAGUCCUCAAGCGGCGCUGGAAGCCUUCUAAACGGGCUUCCAGCGGCCGCGGCCCCGACUCGCCCUUAAGCUCGGACUUAACUCUCGACAAACCACGCCCGAUUCCAUCCCCUAGACAAAUCCACCCCCUGUACGGCGAGAAAGCCGGAUUCCUGGGGUACUGCGAUACGAUCGGUAAUACAGAGAACUUCCCGCCCGCCCCCAACAUCGUCGUGGAGGGCGGAAGGAUCGAGUUCGUGCGCCCCUCGCAAGAUGGCGCCACCACCCCUCGCCGGAACACCGUCUCGAGGGGGUCGCAGACUUUCACCGACCAAUCGGAGAAGUCCGACCCGGCGAAGGAAAGUUUGGAAGAACGAGUGCAAGAACUGGAGCAAACACUACAGGCUGAACGUGUUGCUGCUCAAAGAGAUCGAGCCCUCAUCACAAAGUUGCAACGCCAAAUUAAUAAGAGGGAGGCGACGCAGCGAGAUGUGGAACGGGAACGUCGACAACGCGUGGAAGCUGAAGCCAGGGUUCGGGAAGCUGCAGCUGAAGCCGAACGUGCACGUUCGAGGGUGCAUCACCUUCAGAGAGAGCUCGCCAGAAUGGAGGAGACUUCUCGGGGGUUGUUGCAACACAAACAACGGGCCGAGCAGUUGAAGCAAGAGAAGACGGCGCUCACCCUUUCUUACGAGGCACGCGUGCACCAGUACCAGGCCCAGAUCUCGAAGCUGCAGCUGGAGAGCGAGUCGAUGCGGGGUCAGCUGCGAGGCCUCGAAGCUGCAUGUGCAGGUGAAGUGCACGCAGCCCUGGUCGCCAGGUUGGCCACCCUGGAGUCGGAACACGCGGCCCUGGCUAGGGACGCCGACGCCCAGCGUCGGCAAUACGAGCGGUGCCUGGACGACGUCGCCAACCAGGUGGUCCGCGCCCUCCUGUCGCAAAAGGGACUCAGGGAAGAAAUCGGGGCGCUUCAGAGGCGCAUCCGGGAGCUGGAGGCCCAGAAUCGAGCGCUGUCGGGACUCCUUGCCCAGGCCACGAGUCCAGGAAGUCCCACGGACCUCAUCCAGGGCAUCAUCGAGGCUGGUCCCGCAGCUCUGGUCGCGGCCCUCGGGGUGGACUCUUCGUGGGUACCCUUGUCAAGGCCGCGUUCUCUGAACCUCCAAAUCCCUGUCAUGGCCACCGCGAAAUGCCGCAGGAACAGGCCUCUAGGGCAAAAGCCAUCGGAGGAGGAGGGAAGCGAGAGUCCGGAAAGUGGAAACCGGGACGAGGGUUACUCGACGAUGUCCAGCGACGUCCAAGGCGAGGGUGCUCGUCAGGAACCUUCCAGGGGCUUGGAGGACCUGAAGGAAGCCACGGACGAGACGGAGGGCGACGUCUCCCCUGAUGGCCGCCUAGUCGCCCUGGAUGCCGGGGACCCCGACGUCCUUUUUCUUCCCUUGAACCUAACUCUGGGCAUCAACCCCAGACACAGCUACCCUCCGACCAAAGACCUGCUGCCCUAUCAGCACGUGAUGAGAAGCUUCUCCGACAGCCACCUCUGCCUGAAGCUCACCACCACGGCCAACCUGACACCCUACAACAUCGCCAGUCCCACGGGUUCCUCUUCCCUGCUCCUCGUCGAGGAGGAGGGCUGGGAUGCCGAGUACGUCCAACAGUGGCUUAGGUUGGACGACACGAGGAGCGCCCAACAACACCGGGACCUUUUGGAGCUGGAGUACGACCGAGCGGAACUCGAAGACUGGAGUUUCUCACUUUCGACCGAAGAUCUCGUCCAAACGGAACCUAACGCGUGGAAGGAGCCGGUCACCACCCCGGCACUUCCUGCCAUCAAGGAGCAGAAUCCUUUGGAGCUUGAAGAAGACGCCAACGAGUGCUUGUGGAACGGCGCGAGUUACCUCGCUGACCGAACCGGGGGCGAACUGGUGAGAAAUGUUGCAUUGCUAAUGGAUGCCAGAGCAACAGGACCUUGGCCUUAUGCCUCGAGUCCUGGAGCAUCCUGGAGCAGCGAGGAUGGUGCCCUUGAAAACUCCAGCAAGAGGUCCUCCGCUGCACUUUCCGGGUGCAGCGACGAUCCCGAUUCUCCUUCCGUGGGCACAGACUUCACCAGAGACUUCUACAGGCUUGUCAAAUUCGAAAGCACCAAAAGCUUGGCCAGCACGUCCUCGCGAGGAGGAAAACAACCUCCGGAUCGGGAGCAAGCUCUUCAGAGUGUUCUUUCGUUCAUCGCCGAGCAACAAAUGUACCUCGCGGAAUUGCCUAACAAUUCCUCCGAUCACAAUGGCGAAUCUCUUGCGACUGAAGUUUCAGAGAUGAAUGGCGCGAAAAACGAUCGAAUGAUGGACAUGCGCUGCCCGGAAUCCGUGGAGUCGCUGGUCGAUUCAGAAAAUGGCCAUCUCGAGAACCUCCACGAGGUUGGGGCCGAAGAUGACCUACUCGAGAAAAUCCCAGUGCCUCCCCUGGCACCCGAAGAACGCAUAAUCAGUGCAAUUGCAUGCAACGGAGGAGUUUCCUACACCACGGUGGCCCCCUCGGAGUUGGUCGCGGUUCCUGAAGAGGACGAGGAAGCGGCCACCUCUUCGACUCCUAGCACGGUGGUAAACAAUGUGAGUCCUGCGAGAGCGCCACUCCUGAUAGAGGGCAGGGACAGGUCGCUGAGCUUCCACGAGAGAGCCACUUCGAAGGACGUGAUCGACGAGCUGAACAGGAUGAUCAAGAAAGGAGAGGAUCAUCCCAUUGCCAACGAUUCCCAGGUGGUCCUGGAUAAACUUGACCUCGCUUGCUGCUGUCCCACAGGAUGGGUUCACGUGGAAAGGAACAUAGACUUUACCGACCCCAAGGCUAGAGCCAAUCUUUUGGACGUGAUGCUCGCAAGCAGCGAAAGUUCAUCGACGACCUCGAGCAGCGGUUCUGCCGGCAGCGAUUCCGGGGAUGAACCUCCGGAUUAUCGUCACUUGCUCAGACUACAUCGUUACAGGAGGCAAAAGAAAGCAUCGGCGGCCCAGGCGCAUCGGGUGCUGUGCGUGUCCUCUUCCUGGAGCUCUUCGAGGCCCUCCAUCAUCGGGCGAGACGACUUCUUCGUCAGGUACGGGGACAAGGAGCGGGAGGCUGUGGCAUCCUUCGACUUCCUGGACGAGAUGACCCUGGCGUCGGUGGCCUCGCCCGUGGGCUCGGGAGAGAGUUCUUCGGAGAUGGACAGCCCGACUGAGAACGGGAGAAGGCACUCCAUGCAACUGUCUCCGCUCUGAGACCUGGAUGCUGGGGAUUUUAUCCUGCGGAGCAGACGAUUUCGUUGAGGAGGUUGGAUCAAAUAUGGUCAAUCGAAGAAGGAGAAGAAGGGAGGUUCUAUCUAGGUUGCCUGGACUCCUUUGUAAGGAAUAGCCACCAGGAGCGGUUGGGCUCUCACGGGAGUUCUUUGAAGAUGAUCAGAGAGCUGGAAAUGAGAGAUGUCUCUUCCAGAAGGAUGUUUUCCAGUACCUUUGAAGUAGACCGACCAGGCGUCUGGAUGAAGCAGCUACGAGCUGAUGGCUGGAGAUGUGUAUUUUAGAAACGAGGGUGGAGAAUGAGUACAAUGAAGAUAUUGUCAACUUGAAACCGAGGAGAGUCGUUCAUAAGUAUGCUGAAAGUUAUUCCAAAUUGAUAAUGUCGUCUGGGGUUUCAACUCGUCGAUUCCCUGGGAACCGAAAUCCGGGCUAAUUGGGGAGCCGAGCCCAACUCGGAUCUGAAACACUGAAGUGCGUUCGUCGUCGAGGGGAAUCGGAUGAUACCAUUUCUUUCGUAGUCUUGGAAUAAGGAGAGCAUUCCGGUGCACCUUUGAAGCCGACCGAACCGCCGUUUCGGUUGGAACGAUCAAGGGCGAGUCGACUCUCUCGAGUUGGUGCUGGUCGGGUGUCCAUUUGUUGGGGACCGUUAGAUGCUCCUUCGAAACGACGACAAGGAGUUCGAACGUUGAAUCCUGAAUCUGAAAGCCAACUUAAAAGGACGAUCUUUAACCUGAACUCCUGAAGAUGCGUGCAAACAACUCCAGGGCGCGCCCAGGGCACCUUCCCAGCUAAAGUUUCCCCUGGAAGCUUGAAGAUCGCCCUCUAGUUUAGAAGGACGAGUUAGAUGUACGUCAUUGAUAUGUAUUCUGUCAAUUUCACUUCGCGCGGUAUAAGUACAAGUAAAGUAAAACCAGUAAUCCCAUUUCCUGACCCAGAAUAUAAUCCGCCGCCGCCUCGAGGACACCAUCCACGAAGUCCACGAAGAGCUAAACGCCAGUCCAAGAGGUGACAGCGAACUACCACUGUAAAAAGCCGUUCCCUCCACCUAGGACCCAACCUCGAGACACUUCCCGAAGACCUGGAAGGGUAGUUCACCCAUCUGAGGAGAACAAAACAAUCUCCAUUGAUCCGGCAACAGGCGCUGAUGCAUCGCCGGAUCGGCUCCACACGAGUAGAUCCUCCUUAGACGUUAGAGAAAAGAAAGUGUAAUCCCAAGAAGGAUCAACGAUUCUUCUGCCGUAACCAUAAGAGAUCUCGAUAUGUACUUCGAAGCGUCGUUAAACCUAGAGACGAGUCCUUUUCACCCCCGGAAGGGAUCGAACAAAUCCUGGAUCUCGUUGCACAACUUCAGGGAAUCCUCUGGCGUCCACCUUGAAGAUGUCCUGCGGAAAGAGACGAGCCGAAAGGACGUCCCUUGAACUACCGGGGCACGUCUUCUCGUUGACAUAGACUUAACGCGUCACCAGGACCUUCCAAACUGAGCUUAGAAAUUCUAGAUUAAGGCUACCAAGUCGGAUUUUAUACGGGAUGUAAUGAUAUUUUCUACAUUAUCUUUUAACGGGGAGGUCGCGCGAUUUAUUGCGAUAUCCUGGGAGGGUUGUCGAUACAAAUGGCGCGACCCUCGAGGACCUUUAAAAGCUCCCUCGACGAGGCGCAAUCUCUCCACCGAGCCUGUAUAUUUUGCUUGGGAAAUCUGUAAAGAAGCGCGUCGGGAGGAUAUUAUUGGACAGCGAUCAACAGUUAAGGCUGCGAUUAGGAGUCCGUAGACAACUUAAGCUAGUUGAUAUCGAAAUAGAACGGACGUUAGGGUGGCUAGUAGGCGAUACUACUAUACGCGUCCGAAUAUAGUUGGUACCCUCUAGUAUCUCGUGCGAGGCUCACUGGAUCUAAGGACCUAAACGAUGUCGAAUUUCUUUUGUUUUUUUAUUUAUGUUGAAAUUAUUAGAGUAACUAUCACUAGGGAGUUCACGUCUGCUAAGAGUAAUGGGUCGAUAGAAUCAAAAUAUUUUACACGUAUAUAUAUAAAUAUUAUAUAUAUAUAUUAGGGAUAUUUUCAAUAUUCGAAUUGCGAGCAGGUAGACCGGGGACUGUGCAGGCAAAAGUCGCCGGGUUUCGGGAUUAUUUGCGUUGUUACAAAUGUUUUGCGCUGACAUGAAACAGAGACUUUUACGAUUCUUCCUUCUACGCGGAUUGGGCGAUUUUUGCCUGCUUACUUCGACUGCGUUUGCGGCGACGACGAUGAUCCUAAGCCAUUGUUAGCAUCCCGUCGUUGGGGGUGCCCUAGAUGCGGAAACUAAUUAUUAUUCCGGAGGAUAAUGUGUAUCGAAUUGAUUUGGACCCUGUACAUAGGAUGUAUCAUAGUACAACAGAUGUAAGUUAUCUUCUCUUAAACCUAAUAAAUAACGACAAUAUACGACGA